AUGUUCCUUGCAGCGAAAUUCAGCGAGUUGCUCGGUUAUACUUCUAUAGCAUGUUGGCUCGGCGCCCAAUUUCCACAAGUGAUAGAAAAUCACAAACGGCAGUCGUGUGAGGGCCUCGCACUACCGUUCUUGUGCAAUUGGUUGCUCGGCGACUUUUCGAAUUUAGUCGGUUGUUUGCUCACCCACCAGCUUCCCUUCCAGACUUAUCUUGCGACCUAUUUUUGCAUAGUGGAUUGUUCGUUACUGGCUCAAUACUUCUACUACUACCAUGGUAGAGGACCAGAAACACUAUCCGAGGCAUACGUACGCACACGGUCACGAACCAUCUCCACUGCUCGUCGACUCUCAUUAGACGCAUCACACUAUCGUACAUUAUCGACAGUCGCGGGGAAUGUUGCCGCAGCCGCAGCACUAGCCGCAUUCCCUGAACAACAUCCUGAACAUCGCGUCUCACGAAAGCAUCUCGCCGAUCAGCCGCUCGUUGACACCGCACCCCAAAUCGUCGAAGAAGCACAGGAUGAGGUCGAUGAUGCUGUCUUGUCGGCACUCUCAGAAAGUCUCCACUCUGGACGGAAACGCGUUUCAUGGAGCCAAGAACGCCACGAUCAUUCGGUCGUUCCAAAGUCAUUGCAAAUUACAGCUCCUCAGUGCGAGUUCGCAGCAUUUUCCCGGGGUCGUCCAGAGCAGCGUGUGGCAGAUGCGGAAGAGGUUGAGGUUGAGCAACCCGACUCACGUGCGACGAGUGGCCAUAGGACUAGUUCGCGUGCAAGUCGACGCGGGGCAAGCAUGGUUUUGCUUGGAUUUGGGAUGCUGUUUAGUGUUGGAGCUCUAACCAGCACUCACUCCAGAUCUCUGGCAGGGAGGAGUGACAGCAUCGGACGGGUACUAGUGGACGAGGUUAAUAUACCCCAUCCAAUGACAGCGUCCUCCGUGCAAGACACAGCCUACCAUGCGUCAUUAUCGGAUGCAGGAGUUGUGACUGUGGAACUCCCUUUGACACUUAGUCAAAACGAGUUGCGAUCUCAAUCAGAAGACUCCCCAUCUACGGAACGUAUCAUUGGACGAAUAUUCGCCUGGCUGUGUACCUCAUUGUAUUUGACUUCUCGGCUUCCUCAGAUAUGGAAGAACUAUGUCAGAAAGUCUGUUGAGGGGCUUUCAAUGUAUCUCUUUAUCUUUGCUUUCCUUGGCAACUUUUUCUAUGUCUGCUCGAUAUUGACAUCUCCAGAGGCACACAUGCCUCCACCUGCAUCAACUAAGUUUUUCAAGGAGAGCAUCCCAUACCUGCUUGGAAGUGGCGGCACACUCAUCUUUGAUGUGACGAUUGUAUCUCAAUCCUUUAUUUACCGAGGGAAGCCUCCGCGUCGGCGGGGCCGUGGUACAUCAAUCGCACACAGCGCUUCCCUCGCUGAAGAGCAAGCUUGUUUAUUGGGAGGGGAUGCUCUUUCUGUUCACGUCCCACUUAACACCGUAAUUGCAUGA